CACAUGGGUAGAGAUAGGCAAAGUGGAACAGUGGUCCCUGAAAUGGGGCUUUUGUUUUUUCUGUUGAGAACUUGAACUCUCUCUCUUUUUUUCUCAGAAGAGAAUCGGGGAUGGGAUUGGACUUCGGUUGUACAAUAAGCAGUUUGAGCUGGUGGAGUCAAUUGUGUUUCUGGGAAACAUAGAGGCUUUGGGAGGUGAUAUAGGUUCACUAUUUAGCAAGUAAUCAGGACACCAGGUUUACAAGCACAUGCUCCAGUUCCUCAAAGAAACAAGGCUGAUCAGUGGGAUGUAGGUGCUGUUAAGUAGGCUUAAAGAAAUGCACGGUUGUUAGGUGAUGGGCAUUCAUUAAUACCUAAGGCAAAUGUUCUUUAUCAUAGUGCGGUUUUUCUUUUUCGGGCGGAGGGCAUAUUCUUAGGACCACACGCCAACCCAGUAGGUGGCAGUAACGCACGAAAGGCUGGUUUACCAAUCGUCAGUAAAAACAAAGAACAAGAAGAAGAAAGAAGCCUUUGGUUGUGGUCGUGGUUGCCAGUUAUCAUGGAUUGCUACGACACAGAUGAGCAACUCACCGACUUUGAACGAGGGAUUAUUGUUGGGGCAUGUUUGGCCGGGACACCGAGGGCCAAGGCAAUUGAACUGGCGAAGGAAGCUUCACGAGUAACGCCGGUGUUUAAGGCCUCUGGGGUGACUGUGACAGAAGAUGUGGUGACGGUCUUCAACGAGAUGAAGGUGAGGAAGGCCCAGGCUGGAGAGGAGGAGGAGGAGAAGAGGAAGAAGGCGGUGCUGUUCUGCCUGAGCGAAGAGGAGGACAGCAUCGUCCUGGAGGAGGGCCGGGAGAUUCUGCAGGGGGACGUGGGCGCCUCCGUACAGGACCCUUACCUGCAUUUCGUCCAGAUGCUGCCGCCCGAGGACUGUCGCUACGCCCUCUAUAGCGCCUCCUACGAGACCAGGAGAGUCCAGAAGGAGGACCUGGUCUUCAUCUUCUGGGAUCCAGAAAGCGCUCCGCUGAAGACCAAGAUGAUCUAUGAAAGAUCCAAGGAUGCCAUCACAAAGAAGUUCAAAGGUCUCAAACUUGACUGGAGAGUGAACAGUCUGGAGGAAAUCCAGGACCGGCGUUCCCUGGCAAAGAAGCUGGGGGGCCGGUCAGUGGUGUCUCUUGAAGGGAGCCCUGUAUAAAUCUAGCCCCAGGCUUCACGUCAGGCCUGUGGGAAAACCAGAAUUCCAAAUUGCAUUGCAUUCGACGGUUCGUUCCAAUCCAGGCAGAGAGAACAGGAUGGGUUAGGGGCACAAACAUUUCAGAGUGGAAAUGGUUCUCAUUUUUGGGGUUGGCGAUUUUUGGAGUAUAAGGCAUUGACUGAAACAGUUUGCAAACAAUUGUUCAAUCUGAAUUGUACAUCAUUUAUUACACCUAAUACUAAGUUUAAUAAAUCAAUCACCACAGCUUUGUUGUGGUAUUUACAUUUUUUAAUUCCAAGCAUGUUUUAUUUUUAAACAUUUCUUAAAAUCUUGAAUUCAGGGUUUUUUUUAUAUUAUGAGUGCUUGCAUUGUUGGUUGUAAAUAGGCUAUGAACAAAAAGUUAUAAACUGUAAGUUACUGUGUUCUGGGUUAUCUGCUAAGCAAAUAAUUGUCGGUAUGCAGAUAUAACUUGUUUAAUAGUGACACCUAGUGGUAUGGAGUGGAAAUGCAACUCAUGGCUGAAGGGCUAUUUGUCCUUUAUAAUCUGCUGUUUUCACUGUCUGCAGUCUUUACAGUCUCUGUUAUUCAGCAAAAAAAAAACUGGUUGGAGACAGUUUGAAUUGUAUGUUCUGUAAGCAGACUGUCUGAAGCGCUUUGCUCUGCCAUAGUUUCUUUUCCAUUAAAACUGCCAAAGUGAAUGAGCAUCUGUAAGCAGUAGUACAGUUCUUGUAACUGCUCCCAAAUGCUUUUCUUCUGAUGCAGAAUAAACCACUCUCCAAUA